CGGGGACCGCGCGUCCACCCGCCCACGUCGGCACGCGUGGUCAGGACGCCCAGGCCGAGGGACCCCCACACUGCGGAGACGAGAUCCCGGGGAGCCGGGCCCGCAGGAUCCCGAGUCAGCCCCGCCGCCGGGAGCGGGCGGGCGUCUCCAGGCCACACCAGAUGUUUGCCGUCCAGCCAGGGCUGGCUGAGGGGGCCCAGUUUGUGGGGAGCCUGCCUCCUGGAGUAUGUCAGCCCGAACUGCAACCAGACAGCAAUUCCAACUUCGUGGAGAAUGCCAAGGAUGCCAACGAGAAUUGGCAUGGGAUGCCAGGCAAAGUGGAACCCAUCCUGAUGAGGAACUCCUCCGAGUUACCCUCUGAUAACCAGGCCUUCCGAGGCACUGGGUUCCCUGAGGGGCGAGUCCGCAGCCCCCCAGAGGGAGCAGAGAUCCCUGGUGCUGAGCCUGAAAAGUUGGGUGGCGCCCGCAGUGUCUGCUCCCCUCUGGAGGACAUCGGCUAUGCUAGCAGCUCCUUGAGCAUCGACAGCCUUAGCAGCAGUCCAGAGUCUUCCUCCGAGAAUCCGGGAGGUCCUGGUACCCCAGAUCCCCUUCUGCCCUGCGUGGCUCAGGCUGUGCAGCAGCUGCAGGCUCAGGAGCGCUACAAGGAGCUGGAGAAGGAGAAACAUCACGUGCACUUGGUGAUGUACCGUCGCUUGGCACUGCUUCAGUGGAUCCGGGCCCUGAAGCACCAGUUGGUAGACCAGCAGUCCAGGCUGCAGGAGAGCUUUGACACCAUCCUGGACAACCGGAAGGAGCUUAUCCGUUGUCUCCAGCAGAGGGCAGCACCUUCCAGGGCCCAGGACCAGGGCUAAGCCUGUACCUACCAGAAGUGUGCAGGAGUGUGUGUGUGUGUGUGUGUGUGUAUUUCCAGGCACGUGUGUGAUUGUGCACAAGUAAUUACAUGAUUAUGUGUUGGCAUGAGUGGAUAAGCAUUGGUGAGUGUGUGUGCACUAACCUGUAGGGAGGUGUAUGUGUGUGAGUGAGCUUAAAUGUGCCAUGUAUGUAUGUAAGGGUAUGUUUUUGUAUGCAUGUGUGAAUAGGAACGUGUGUAUGUGCCCGAGGGAGGAUGUCCAUUCAGAAGAUAUGUGUACAUAUGUGUCAGUUUAGUAUACAGGCUUGUGUUACGUGUGAAUGAACUUUUGUGUGUUCAGGCUUGCGUGUGCAAGCACAGGCAUGAAAGCGUCUGUUAGGAACGGGUGUGUUUGCAGAGUGAUUGAUGAGCAGGUGCGUGCAAAUAUACAUUCAGUUGCAUUUGCAGUGCCUCCACUCAUCCUGUGUUCCCCAAGGUCUACCCCAGCCCUUUUCUUCAUUGGGUCUCACUGCUUCCUGGCCUAGCCACUUCUCUGAGGGCUAUGGCUGACCCUUUCUUCUGGGACUCAACGCUUCCUCUCAUCCUUCCUGCCCAUUGCUUAACCCAGACUUUGCUUCGCUAUGGCUGCUGUCCUGAUGUUGGCCUUUCUGUAAGAUGUGUGUGCGUGCGUGCGUGUGUGUGUGUGUGUGUGUGUGCGCGUGCAUGCGCGUGCGCACGUGUGUUUUGUUUGACUGAGGUGCUGGGGAUUGAACCCAGAGCCUUGUGCAUGUAAGGCAAGUGUUCUACCACUGAGCUACAUCCCCAGCCCGUUAUGAGGCUUCUUGGCUGCUCUGGCUUGUCUUGGCAGUUUUUGCUACAGUUUUGUCAGGGUAGUUGGUGGUGUCAGGGAGGGGGCUGGCAUGCAGUUGGUGACCAUGGCAGGGGUGGGAGUGAAGGUAAGGAAGGAGAGAAGGAAUUGUCUUCCUGAACUCUGCUUUGGCCCCAUGGAAGGUGGGGAUGGGAGAGAUGGCAAUGGUGGAACCCUGUGAAGAAUAGAAUGGAGUUCUCAAACAAACCAAACCUCUGCUGUGAAGACAGGUUCAACCCAUAGUAGCCUACGCUUCUAAGGAAGGGAAGUGUGUGCUUGUGAGCUUGCAAGUAAUAGGCCAAAUACACCAAGGCUGUUGGGGGAAUCCUCACUUUCUUCUCUGGACCUCUUGCUUGCUGUGCCUCUCUGCCUUCAGCAACACUGGGUGUCUAGUUCUUUUGGUCCCUUUCUCUUAGACCAAGACUGUCGGCAGGAGCCAGAGCUCAGAGGCAGUGGCAGUGUCUUGAAGCUCCUGGGAUCUUGUUCAUCCUCCCUUUUAGUAUCUACAAAAUGUGGGGCUCUUCCUUUCUGUCUCUAAAGAGUUCCGUUCCUG